AUACUACUGCUAAUAUUUUUCAUUCUAUGCAGGGUGAGAAAAAUGCGGGCUAUCGCGGGCUGCGGCAGAUUUCUACUCCCAAAAUUUCGAAGCAAAAGUUAUCCAUUAAUCCGAUUAAUUAGUGAAAGAAAUAUCACUACUUCUCCUUCUUCUUCUUCAUCACAUGGCCCUCUUCUACAGAAACUUCUGAAAGAGCCAAUUUCAAGAAUUAAAGCGACCCUAGAAUCUGAAUUCAACUCAAGAUCCGAAUUUCCAUGGGCUUCCCUCCUUAGUUUGCUCAAUAACUCAUCUUCCCAGAAGGCCAAUAUGGUAGUUUUUUCUUCUGUUGUAGAGUGGAGAUUGGAGAAAUUGACUGAACAAAGUGAGGAAAAUCAUGAUUGUUACUUGGAACUGAUUUCUUUAUGUGGUAGUAUUCGAAAUCUUCCAAUGGCGUUGCAGAUAUUUACUACAAUGGAGACUCGGGGCCUUAAACCGACUCCUUCAGUCUUUAAUGCCCUUAUAUCCACAUGUUUAUCUUCAGGUAAUUUACUUACGGCGUUAAGCUUAUUUGAAAUAAUGGAGAACUCAGAGGGCUAUAAACCUGAUUCUGAUACUUAUCAUGCUUUCAUAUCUUGGUAUGCAAACUCGGGGAACAAGAAGGCAACUGAAGCUUGGUACUCGUCCAAAAGGGCAUCUGGGUUUUCCCCAGAUCUUCGUACAUAUGAUUUUCUCAUAUUGAGUUGUACCAAGUCACGGAAUUUUAGUGAUGCUGAAAGAUAUUAUGAAGAAAUGAUGUUAGCGGGAUUAAUGCCUAAUGUGUCUAUACUGCAGAAUAUGCUCCUGUUGUACUGCGAGCAGAGAAAUUCCAGUAAAGUGAAAGAGCUUUUGCAAAUUAUAAUCGAAGGGGGUUGUAGGAUUAAUAAACUGAUUGCGAAAGAGGUUGUGGAAUUUUUUAACGAUUUUGGAACGGUGGAAGAUAUGGAGGAGUUACUAGUAACUUACCCAAAAUCCGAGCAAGUUUUGGAAAUUCAUUCGAUGGUACAUAGCUCCUUUAUAAGAAUGUACGCUAAGGCAGACAGACUGGAUGAUGUAGAGUAUUCAGUCGGGAGGAUGUUAAAAGAUGGGAUAUCGUUUGACUCCCCAGAUGAUGUUGAAAAGGUAAUAUGUUGUUAUUUCAGAAAGGGAGCUCAUGAUAGGCUAGACGUGUUUUUGGAAUGUAUAAAAGGUUAUUACAAGUUUACAAGAUCAAUUUACGAUUUGUUGGUUGCUGGUUAUCGAAGGGCAGGAUUAUCGGAGAAAUUAAAUUCAGUGGUGGAUGAGAUGAAGCAGGCUGGUUUCGCUUAGUUUCUAGAACUAUAGUAUAAAUAGAUCACCUCAUCCUGGUCACCUCGAAUUAAGGAGGAAACCCCCAUUCCAAAGUUACGAGCCUAUUUUGUCAAGUCAUUAGAGACGCAUUGUUUGGAGUUGAACAAGAAGGCUCAGGCUCUUUGAGAGAUCAAGAAUUUGAUCCCUGCCCGAGCAAAAUGAAGAGUGCUCAUCAAAAUUGUUGUUCUUGUAGGCUCAACUUACCUAUUUAAUGAUCAGCUUAAAACGUGGCUUAUCUUUGUAGAGGGUAGUUUGCAAAUGCUGGGUUGCAGGCUCAGAAUGAUUUAUUUUGCUUUAGUUUCUUUCUGGUUGCGAUUCUUAUCAGCUCUUGCUUAGUUGCAAGGAUUCUCGUCGACAAAAUUCUUAUUCCAUGGUGUUCCCAUCCAAACACGAGGCUCUUGUUAGGAAGAUCAGUACAAACUAAAGAACAGUCGCUGUCACAACCAACAAAAGAAAGCAGCUAUCCAACAAACAGAAAAGGUUCACAAAGAGAAGCUGAUACCUGACUGGGAGAAAACCUCUCUUCACAUCUCUCUUCACCUGAGCAGCACUGUUCCCAGUCGGUUUGACUGCCCUUACUAUGGGGGAAUAAGUUCAAGAUUUUAAUGAACAAGAUGUACUAUUUAUCAACAAUAUCUUCCGUUUCGAAAUUUUUCUUGGAUUUACUAGUCUAAGCAUGAAACAAUAUACCUUAAUAUUAUUGAUCAUUCUUUGAUUCAAACAAUAACUGCAUGACAAUUUGUGUUUCAAUAGCCUUACAGUUGUUCGAGUAGAAGUUCCACUUGCA